AUGGGUGCCAUGACAUUCGUCGACAUUAUUCUGGCCAUCAUUCUGCCUCCUCUGGGAGUAUUCCUCAAGUUUGGCUGCAAAAUCGAAUUCUGGAUCUGCCUUCUGCUCACCAUUUGCGGUUAUCUCCCGGGGAUCAUCUACGCCAUUUACGUGCUCGUGCAAUAA